CCCGUGGGCGGUGUCACCCACAGUGUCACCUGGCGGUGUCACCCGUGGCGGUGCCACCCGCGGGCGGUGUCACCCGCGCUGUCCCCGCACACAGGCCAUGCUGCACUACCGCUCCGGGCUGCUCCGCACGCUGGACACGCUGCUCUUCUCCGGCCUCUUCCUGCUGGGAUUCGCGGAGCAGAAGCAGACGGUGGAGGUGGAGCUGUACUCGGACUAUCGCGAGGACUCCUACGCCCCGACCGUCGGAGCCGUGCUGGAGAUCCAGAGCAAGCGCAUCCAGCUGUACGGGGCGCAGCUCCGCAUCCACGCGCGCUUCACCGGCGUGCGGUACCUGCUCUACAACUUCCCGGUCACCUCGGCCCUGCUCGGCAUUGCCACCAACUUUGCCUUCCUCAGCGUCAUCGUCCUCUUCAGCUACCUGCAGUGGGUGUGGGGCAGCGUGUGGCCCCCCGCCGCGACAAGCUUCCGAGCUGCCCCCCGGGAGGAGCCGACGGCACCCGGGAAAGGUCCUGCGGAGAAGACGGACCCGGAGCCGCGGGAUGCGGAGCCGCGGGAUGCGGAGCAGCGGGAUGCGGAGGAGAUCGGACCUGUGGAUUCCGCUGCUCUGGCCAAGGAUUCCAGUGAAGAUCCCGAAUUCGUAUCCGUGGACGAGUCUUCCCUACUCAGCGAAGCCAACCUCCCCGCCGGCGCCGAGGAAGAGGAGGAGGCCGAGGAAGACGCCGGGGGGGCCCCGGCGCUCCGGCAGCGCCACACGUGCUCCAGCUCCUGAGCACGGCUUCCCUUUGGGAAUGCCAAAUCCGGCCUUGCACUGCCGGGAAAAGGGAUGGGAUGGAUGGACACGUGGAUGUGCGUCCCCCCCGCUCCGCCGGCUCCAUGUUUACAUUCCCGCCCCCCCACCCCG